UACAAUUAUGGAUAUUGUUUCAUAUCCUUAUGGAUAUUGUUUAUAAAUUGCAUGCUGCACACAAUUAGCAACCCACAAAACUUAGAAGAAAGAGAGAGAGAGAGAGAAACAGAAGCAUGGAAGAAGAGUUGAGAAACAUGCUCAAGAUAUGGGUCUCUGCCUUAAUCUCCAUAUCUUACUGUUAUUACAUCUCUUCAAAAAUUUCCAAAGGUUUUCUUCGUCUCCUCUCUCUCCUUCCCACCUUCAUCAUCUUUCUUCUUAUUCCUCUCUUCUUCUCUUCUGUCCACUUCUGUGUCAUCUCUGCUUUCUUCCUCACAUGGCUCGCAAACUUCAAGCUCGCUCUCUUUGCUUUUGAUCAAGAACCUUUAAGCCCACUUCCUUCAUCUCUCUCCCGUUUCUUCUGCUUCGCUUGUUUUCCCAUCAAAACCAACCAAAAACCUUCUUCAAGUCAAACCUACAACAAACCUAUGUCUAAAUGGGUUCUUGCUUCCAAAAUUAUAAUAUUUUCCUUCUUAUUACACCUCUAUAGUAAUAACUACCAUAACGGUUUAUCUCAGUUACCUUUCUUGGCUAUCUUUACCAUUCAUAUCUACCUUGAGUCAGAGUUCAUCUUAUUUUCCACCGGUACGUUGCUUUCUACACUUCUUGGUUGUGAAAUCGAACGGGUCUUCAACGAGCCUUACUUGGCUACUUCAUUACAAGACUUCUGGAGUCGUAGAUGGAACCGCAUGGUCCCAUCAGUUCUACGUCCGACCGUUCACAUCCCGGUUCAGCAGUUUACCACUCCCUUAAUCGGUCCAAACCUGGCUUUUUAUGCUGGUGUGUUGGCGACGUUUCUUGUCUCCGGGUUAAUGCAUGAGCUUAUUUACUUUUAUAUUAUCCGUAAGUCUCCAACUUGGGAAGUCACUUGUUUCUUUGUGUUGCAUGGAGUUGUAACUUCUUUGGAGAUAUGGGUGAAGCAGAUGCGGUUGUGUCCUCCACCGCAUCGAGCUGUCUCGAGUCUUGUGGUUGUGGUGUUUGUGUUCGUUACGGCCGGUUGGUUGUUUACACCUCAAGUGCUGAGAAAUAAUGUGCAUAAGAGAGUGAUAAAUGAAUGUUUGUUUGUUAUAGACUUUGUCAAAUCACACCUUGUUAACAUUGUAAUGUAACGUUCAUAAUACGAAGAAGCGUUUUUUUUUGUUAUC